UGUUGAAGAUUGUGAGGCUGGGCACUGUGCGUUGGUGCCGGACUGUUGAUUUGUGCGGUGCGGGCUAGGGUUGCGGACCUAAUCUCUGUCAACGACUAAAUGUGGUUAGUUUAUCGCUAUCAUUCGAAAUAUAGAUAAUUGAGUGAGAAAAGCCGUGUGGAGCAUCUCAAUGUUACUUAAAUUCGAGCGGGGUAGAGUUUGGGGGGCGAUGUGUAUUAUAUUGUUUCGUGAUGUCGAGCUGGAGAUCUAGAUGGCGGGGGUGCUCUAUUCCGCCCAUACCUCACCGCAGCUCAGGAGAAGCUCACAUCAUCGCCCGCUCGCCCACCCUGCACCGCAAUCUCCCUAAGCUCCAAACUCGCCCGGAUGGCUCAGCCAAAUCAGAUGAACAACCUCACGACACUGAUCAAACGGCUUGAAGCCGCGACUUCACGUCUGGAGGAUCUAGCCACGGUAGCUCCACCGGGCAGCAGCGCUUCCUCCGCCAUCGUUCCGGCGCCAGUACCAUCAGCAGCAUCAGCUGGAUUGAUUUCCUCCCUGCCCGCCUCAGCUUCCGCGGCUGCCGCUCCUCUGCCCCUGCCGGAGGAGCUGCCGGCUUCGGUUGAAGAUUUCAAUGAGAUCAUCGAUGGCGAGGUCGCGAAGUACGUCAAGCUCAGCAAAGGUCUCGGAGGGUUGAUCGAGGAGCAGAGCAGAGCUGUCGAAGAAUGUUUCUCCGAGCAACGCAAAUUCCUAAUAAUCACGACGAAAGCGAAGAAGCCCGAAGCGUCCUCUAAACUCUUCAUGGAUCUCCUGUCCGGAAUGCAAGUGGAGAUGACAAAGGUCACCAACAUCCGCGAGAACCACCGCGCAUCCCCGUUUCUUAACCAUCUGUCUACCGUCAGCGAGGGAAUCCCUUCGCUCGCAUGGGUCACCUAUGAUACCAAGCCCGCGAAGUUCAUCAAUGAGAUGGUCGGCGCGGCAAGAUUCUACGGUGAUCGCGUGCUUAGGGAGUACAAGGAGAAGAGUCCCGAAAUGGUCGAAUGGGUCCGAUCCUACUACGCCGUCCUCACAGCACUGGAAGAGUAUGUGAAGAGGCACCACCCGAUGGGUGUAACCUGGAACGCGAAGGGCAUCGAUGCGGGUGAAGCUCUCGCGGCCAGCAAAACCGCCACCGCAGCACCCAGCUUCGUUCCCAGCGGCCCACCACCUCCACCCCCGCCCCCGGGCCCGCCACCAAUCCUGUCUCUCGACGGCCCUCCAACCCCCGCCCCCUCGGGCGGUGACAUUGGCAGCGUCUUCGAUGAGCUCAACCGCGGCUCCGCCGUGACCGCCGGCCUCAAAAAGGUCGACAAAUCCCAGAUGACCCACAAGAACCCCGACCUGCGCGUGUCAUCCACCGUUCCUGCGCGUCGCGACUCUUCCGGCAGUCUCCGCGGUAAAUCCCCGGCGCCGCCUACACGAGCCAAACCUGCGUCCCUCACCAAGAAGAAGCCCGGCAAGCUCGAGCUCGAAGGAAACAAGUGGAUUGUCGAGUACUUCGAGAACGAGCAGGGCCUGGUCAUCUCCGAGACGGAACUGAACCAAUCCGUGUUCCUCUUCCGCUGCAAAAACACCACGGUCCAGAUCAAGGGGAAGGUCAACACCAUCACCAUGAACGAAUGCAGCAAGACGAACGUCGUCGCCGACGCCCUCGUCUCCGGCAUCGACGUGAUCAAAUCCAACUCCUUCGCCAUCCAGGUCCUGCAAAAGAUCCCAACCGUACAACUCGACCAGUGCGAUGGCGGCACCAUCUACGUCUCGGAGGAGAGCAUGGAUGUCGAGGUUUUCACGAGCAAGACGAGUAGUGUCAAUGUUUACAUCCCCGGCGCUGGCGAUGACGGGGAUUAUGCGGAGCGUGCGGUGCCCGAACAGCUCAGACAUACCAUCAGGAAUGGGCAGUUGGUUAGUGAGAUCGUAGAGCACUCGGGCUAGCUAGUCGGUGUGCGUGUAAUGUUGGGAUGGACGGGUAGAUGAAUUGAGUAGACCGCAAUUGAGCGUUUGCUAUGCAUGUUUGCAUGUUCACUUUGUGGAUAUUGAUAUUGAUGCCAUACCAUAAUCUUAU